GCUACUCUCGGAUUGCCAGUGGAAACGCAUUAGCGGUUCUCUCCCUUGAUUAUAAGAAGCGGAGAGAGGGGGAGUGAGUGAGUGAGUAAGUGAAGUGAAGCGAAGCGAAGAGAAGAGAAGGGAAGAGGGUAGGGGAGUCGGAGUCGGAGUCGGAGCCGGAGCGCACUAUGGCCUCUAAAGAGACCACCGCUGCAGUUUUCAUUAACGUCAGCAGGGAAAUUACAGAGAGCAUCAGGAGGCUCAUUGAUAAACAAUCCAUCAAGUUUGUGCGAGCUGUGAAGCAGGACACCAAGAACGGCAAAUCAGAGGACAAGAUACUGGUUCUGGCAACAUGGCGACUCUUUCUAUUUGCUGUCAAAGUCUCCUCCAAGAUGGAGGUUACUUUCAACUUCCUGGAGAUUCGGGCAAUGAACACUUAUCCAGAUCAUCAGGUUGUAAUAGACACAGACAAGUCAACCCACUCCUUGAGGCUGCAGUCACAAGACCACCUUGAUCAUAUGAUGAACCAUGUCAACUAUGCCCUCUCCAGAAUAUUCAACAACUCUAUGUAUGCUCCAGCCAUCUGUCGAACAGAGGGGGGCGUCUCUGAUGGAGUCCAAAAGUUUUCACCAAACUCUGAAUCAUCUGUCGAGACUCAGAAAACCUGUGGCGGUUUCUCUGAGACCUACGCAGCUCUGUGUGACUAUAAUGGCAUCGGCUGUAAGGAGGAAGUGCAGUGGGAUGUGGACACUAUCUAUCACUCUCAAGACAACAGGGAGUUCAACCUGUUGGACUUCAGCCACCUGGACAGUGGUGGCCUGGCGGUGAUGGUUGCUUCCAUGGCGUACAACACUUGGUACAAACUCUACUGCAAAGACAUGCGCAUUUCUCUCUCUGUGUCGCCCACGGGGUCAGAGGUGGUGGAGCAGGUCCUUCACACCGUCAGUAAGUCCAGCAGUCUGGAAGAACUCACUCUGGAGAACGCUGGCCUCAAAUCAGACUUCCCUCAGAAAAUGGCGACAGCUCUGUCUGAACCCUGCUCUGUGAUCCACUCGCUCAACCUGGCCCACAACCUGGACAACCAAGGAGUGUCAAACCUCAUCCAACUGGUGUGUCGCCUCAACAAAGGCCUUCGUCUGCUCAACCUCUCCAAGACGUCCCUCUCCUCUAAGGGUGUGGUGUCUCUCUCACAGGCCCUCUGCUCCAGUGAUGACUACACCAACUCUCUGCUUCACCUGGACCUGAGUAAGAACCCUGGGAUUCUGUCUGGGGAGGAUGCUACGAACAUGUACCUGUUCCUAGCCCAGACUAAUUGCCUGUUUCAUCUGGACCUCUCUGGGACCGACUGCACUGUGGACUCGUUAUUUGGUGCUCUGUUGAGGGGAUGUUGUGUUGAUCUCUCUUACCUGAAUCUCUCCAAGAACUGCUUCUCUCACAGGAAAGUGAGGGAGACUCUUCCUGUCUUCAGGCAGUUCUUCAGCUCAGCCUUCAGUCUCACACACGUCAACCUGUCUUCUAUGAAGCUUCCUCUGGACACCCUGAGAGCUCUCUUCCUGGGCCUGUCUUCCAAUCCUCACAUCACUGAUUUACACUUGGACAUCAGCGGCUGUGAGCUGAGGUCUGCAGGUGCCGGGGUGCUCCAGGAGCUGUUUCCUAGAGUGGCCUGCAUCGGAACUUUGGACAUAUCAGACAACGGGUUGGAUGGUGACCUGCUGGGUGUCAUCCCAGCCUUCUCCAGACACCCCUCCCUCAAACACCUGCUGCUGGGCAAGAACUUCAACAUCAAGGGCAGGGUACUACAUGACAUUCUGCAGAAACUAGUUCAGCUAGUGCAAGAUGAAGAGUGUGCCCUGCAGUCCCUUUCUCUGGCUGACUCGCGCCUGCGCUCUCGGGGCACGGUGAUGGUGAAUGCUCUGGGGAGCAAUGCUUGCCUACGCAAGGUGGAUCUGAGUGGGAACAGCCUGGAGGGCGGGGCUAAGAUGCUCAGCAAAGCCCUGCAAAUCAACACUACACUCAGGUGUCAUUUAUGGAUUUUUAAUGAUUCUUCUUUUAUCCCUUUCUCACUCUCUCUUUACAGUAACUUCACCCUGCAGUACAUGCCAAUCCCCCUCAGUGAUGUCACACAGGCAUACCGAAGCGCACCUGAGAAGAUUGACCAAGCACUGACCAAGAUCCAGCAUGCUCUGCUGAGGAACAACCAGACCCAGAGGUUCUCUCAGAAACAGGCUCUGCGUCUACACCAGGGCCUGGUCACCAGCACUGCUGAACAGGUGAUGGAGCGGCUGUGUGUACGCGUACACCAGCAGGUGUGUGUUCUCCGAGGCUCAGAAGAAGGAAAGGAGCUGCAGGCUGCCAGACAGGUCCUGAAGGAGGCCAGAAACUCCCGUGCGCUAUACCCGUCUCUGUGUGAGCUGGUUCAUGUUCUCUCAGUGGAUGGGCCUGUCAGACAGAAACUGGACUUUCUGGCAGGAGAGCUGACCAAGGCUGCUGAUAAGGAACUACAGGUGAUAGUGGACUCCAUGGUGUCUCUGUGUCGGGAGCUGUGUCCCAUGUCCUCCUCUGCAGCAGAGAGACUCAACCCUCCGCUCUCCUCCAUCUCAGAACGCGUCUCUAUCCCUCGCUCCACCAUCCGCACCGCCCUGAUGGAGAGAGCAGCACAGGACAUCAACAGAGCCCUGGAGGAGGUGAAGCUGUCUGUGGUCUCCUAUCUGACCAACUCCAUAGUGGAUCAGAUCCUUCAGGAGCUCUACACCACUCACAAAGCCCUGCUURGUCAGGUGUCCCAUGUGAAGCGUUGGGAUGAUGGUGGAACAGGCAGACACACCAUCAGAAUCACAGACUCACUGGACUUCCCUGAUGAGGAAGGCCUGGGCAUGAACAUCGACACCAUUGCCAUCAAGAAGCGCAGCGCCAGAACCCGAAGGAUCCGGCCCGUGUCCAACAGACUGAGUCUGGGAGAUGAUCCCACCUCCUCUCCUCCUCCCUCGGCCCUGUCUCACUCUGCCCCCCUGUCCCGCUCAGCAUCAUGGGAGUGUCUAUCCACAUUGCCUACCCAUGGUGCACCACUGCGCCACGUGACGCACGCCAGGCCGCGCCCCCCUCGAAGGCACAGCCGAGGACAAGUCCCUCUGGACACACACUGUUCAGAGAACGGAGGAGUCAACCUGCUGGAGGAUGGACUGCCUGAUUUCUACACCAAGAGAGUCCUGACUGACAGUCAGCUGUCAUCACUUCAUCAUGCUCAGUCCCUGAGGAGGAAGAAGAGACGCAGUGUGCUGUCAAUCUUCUCUGGGUUCCGCAAGAAUCGCAAUUCCACCAUCUCCAAUCAGGAAACGGAUGGCUCAGAGAAUGUGUACUCUAUGAUUCAGCACCCUAAGGAUCCUGGGAAGGUGGAGGCCAUGAUUGAGGUGGGGGCCAAUGGGAGGAUGAUGCCGUCCCCCAAGCCCAUCCAGGGCGUACCACUGCCUGGGAUGAGGGGGGCCAGCCCCAGCCCCCACUGUCUCACACAGAGACAGCCUUCAGACCUGGUCAGCAUGGUGUACAGUUGUAUCGGAGCAGAAGAUGAGGACUCAGACAGUAGCUUUGAGACCAGACCAGUGGACAGAGACACUGACAGAUCGACUACAUCAGACAUUCAGACAGAGACCCAUGCCAAUGGACAUGCAAUGUCCUCCGCUUCUCUGACAGACAGACAGCCUGACAGACAGACAGAUCCAGUCAGUCAGGACCUGCCGAUGCCCAGCGCUCAGACAGACACACAGAAGGAGGUGGACAGAGGGACAAAGAUGACAGAGUCGUUAGACAGGCAGGAGGGAGCCCCCUGUGGACAGAAAUCAGAACCCCCUUCUCAGAGCAGCAAGCCCAGUCUGGCCAGCAUGAGACAGAGACACCUGCAGGGGAGCUCCGAGAAAUCAACAGAUGGUGUAGGAUGGAUAAAUGGAGAUGGGGUAGAAGAGGAGAAGAAUGAAAAGAAAGACAGAGGAGCAGAAGGACAGCGUCCUCCCAUUCCUGAAAAGCCUGGUAAAGAUAAGACUUCUCCAAAGACACCAUCUGCUGUCACUCCACCUGAGGAAACAGCCAAUGAGAGAUCCCCGCCUCCUGUUCCAACUGCCUCUGCCAAGCCCACUUUUGAUUUGUCUGGUCCUUCUGUCACUCAAGAUGAAGGAACUAAUGAGAUGAAAAGCCUGCCUCCUGUGCCACCUGCGUCUACCAAGCCGGUGGUAGACGCAGGUCUACCACCUGCUGGUUGUCAAGAUGAGGGAGGAACAAAUGGUUUUCCACUGAAGGCACAUCGCAACAGGAAAGCAAACUCAUGUGAUGCAGGCAUGGAACGGGACAGUCCCAAUGAUCUGGAGAGGGGGUUCUCAGAUCGCGAAUCCCCUGUGAAAAAAKCCAGACUCCCCCAGAACAGAAACAGAUCUCUGGACACUGGGUGUCCUGAAUGUCCAGAGCCCGGCACCGGCAAUGGUGAGACGCCAUGAUAACAACCGUCAGGAGGCAAAGACAAUGUUCAGGACAACUGUCGGGAGACGUGAAGUGAGCCUGAGAUGUGAAGAGAGCGUGAGACAGAUAGAUAGAAAAGGGAAGUUAUGAACUUGGUCACCAUAGACCCAACUGUGGUUAUCCUCGUAUACAGUAGUAAUUUCACUCAUAUUGGCUAAACAUGCAUGAUUUUUUUACUUUCUCAUACUCAGUUGCACUUUCAUUCCUUUACAGAGGACACACACACACACACACAGGUGUCUGAGGGCCCUCUGGGAUUCUCAUGCUGUUAUUUCUUGCACUUCUUGUUGUACAAAAAUCUUUGAUCAUAUUUCUCAUUCUCCCUCGUCUUUCUUUCAUUGACAAUUUGUGAUACUGCUACUGUAAGAAUGAGUUGCUAUUUAUUCUAAACCAGUAUUAUGUCAAUAUUGAAUAUAAUUAAACAAACUGCACUAACCAUUGUUAUUACUAGGUCAUUACAUGGUAACAGGUAACUUCAGGUUUUUAUUUACUAUAAGGUGAUAAUGAAUAUGAUUGGAUGUUUUAAGGAUGUUUUCCCUAUGGUGUAUGAUAAGUGAAGAUUGAGAUGAUGACGUGUAUUGUUUAUCAUUAUUACAGUAAUCUAUCAGUUGAUCAAUGGAACAUAAUUGCAGUUUGUUUGAAUCUGUUUUAAAUACAUUUUACAGGACUGAAAUUAGUAUAUUUUCAAAAAAUCCAUAUAUGAUUAAACAAUCAAUAAAAAAUGAUUUUACCAAAGGAACCAAACUGAUGAUGCACUCUCUUGGGGACAAAAAACACCCCAACCUGACUUCUGCAAUAGGAACUCUUAUAUAUUUUUUGGGUGUGUGAGAUUUGGCCCACUAGGAAAAUUGCAUCCAUGGGUUUUGGAGCAGUGCUAUGUAGUGCCAGCAGAGGUGGCCAAAUACUUUGAGCUGAGUGAUGAAACCAUUACUUGGAUGAGACAAGUUAGUCAGGCUGAGUUUAGACAAGUAGCCUAAUUCUGAUUUAAACAAAUAAUAAUUACACCAAUUGGUCUUUUGACCAAUCACAUCAGAUAUUUUUCAGAGCUGAUGUGAUUGGUCAAAAGACCAAUUAGUGAAAAAAUAACAGAAUUGGGCUGCCUGUGUUAAAGCAGCCUAACUGCCCUUCUACACUACAGCCAUUGGGCAUCCAGCGUUGCAGUCAGACAUAAGCCGUUGAGGGAAUGCUUCCUUUGAAAUCAAUGAAAGCUGCUAUGCUGCCCGUAUUGCACUCGCGUCCAAGCUCAAGAAUCGCAGAGGUUCAAUUUGACGGCUGAUACUUAUGUUCAUUCUAACUUGUGAAUUGUAAAUAAUGAGAAAUAAAGUUGAUUUUGGUUGCAAAUG